UCCCCAAGAACCAAAGACGCACAAAAACCUAAUCUCAGAUCUCGCCGCUUCUCUUUAACCAUGGUGGCCCUCAUGAGAAGUCUCUGUUUUUCUUUCAUCGUCUUGGCUUCUAUUGCGACCCUCUUCUCAGUUGCUGAUGCACACAAGUUUCAGGUCGGUGGUAAAGGCGAUUGGGUCGAAAAACCACAUGAGGGUUACAAUUCUUGGGCUGAAAGUAAACGUUUCAAAGUCCAUGACACACUCCACUUUAAGUAUGCCAAGGGAUCAGACUCGGUGCAAGUAGUGGCGAAAGGAGAUUACGACGCCUGCAACGUUAAUAAUCCGAUAGAGAAGUUUGAUAAUGGAGAUACCGAGAUUGCUCUUAACCGAUCUGGUCCUUUUUAUUUCAUCAGUGGUAAUCAAGAGCACUGUACUAAGGGACAGAAGUUGAUCGUCUUUGUCCUCGCCAUCAGAAAUCAACCUAAGGUACCCAUUUCCCCGGCCAAAGCUCCGUCGACUGCUCAACCCCCGAAGUCUCAUUCCCCGGUAGUUGCUCCGGCGAAGGCUCCCUCAACCGCUCAUUCGCCUAAAUCUCAUUCCCCGAUCUCUCCGGUUGCACCGGCGAAGGCUCCCUCAACGGCCAAAUCUCCGACAGCUCACUCCCCUGCUUCUCAUAUUUCUCCGGCGAAGGCUCCGUCGACUGCUCAACCUCCAAAAGCCCAUUCCCCUGUUUCUCCAACUACACCGGCGAAAGCUCCAACAAUAGCUCAUUCGCCUAAGUCCUCUGUUUCCCCAUCCCCGCACCCUGUUGCUCACUCACCGGCUGUGUCUCCGUCCAAAGCUCCAGCAACGUCCCCAGCUAAACAUUCUCCUUCGCCGUCCCCCACAAACUCUCCAAGAUCAUCCCCUGCUACUCCUCCAAAGCACUCACCAUCUACCCCAGAAAAACCUCCCAAGUCUACUCCAGCUUCCCCAGCGCCUGAGAAGACUCCACCUUCGUCGCCAACUCCUUCUGAUAACAACAUGGCGCCGGCGCCAAGUCCCAGUGCAGCAUCUGUUGUGACCGUUACUUCGGUUAUGUCUACACUCUUCACUGUGGCUUUUACCGUUUCGAUGUUUGCUUAAGUUUUUUUAAGAAUUGCUAUGUGGUUUGAUUUACAUUUCUUUGUUCUGUUGCUGGGUUUUUAUUAUUUGUUCUGAGUGUGUCCUUGUUUUGCAUUAUCGAACUAUUACUUAUGUUAUUA